AUGGCGGAUCGCAAAGGCGCAUCGUCGAGUAAUGACACAUCUUUCCGCAAGACUUGGAAUCGCGAUGAAUACGCCGCAAAAGCAAGCGAACGCGAUCAAAAGAUCAAGGAAGAGGGCAAAGCUCGAUACGAAGCUGCGCUUGAAGGGAAGAAAUACCAUCGCCGAGCCUCGACACCACCAGACACGCGCGAUACAGAAGCACGCAAGGCAAGGUUGAAUGUCGCAGAUCAGGUGGGGAAGACACAACUUGUAGUAGCGGGCGGACAAGGAAAGCGAGGCAAGAGUGCCGGAUUCUACUGCGAUGCUUGCGACCUCACGUUCAAGGACAACCUGCAAUUUGUGGAGCAUCUGAACAGCAAGCAACAUUUGAUCGCUACGGGAGAGACUGGCGAGGUGCGCAGAGCCACACUAGAGGAUGUCAAGGAGCGAUUCGAGUAUCUCAAGCGGAAGCGAGACGAGGAGAAAGCUAGGGACGCAGUUGAUCUGACCACAAGAAUUGAAGUCGCGAAAGAGGAAAUGGACAAGGAGCGUGAAGAGAAGAGGCGGAAGCGCAAUGAGAAACGCAGGAAGACUAAGGAUGGGAUGGGCGUGCCGGAGGUCAAGCUCGAGAACGAUGGAGUCAUCUGUUGA